GCCCUCAGCAGAGACCUGAAGCACAGCCCUUCCUCUGGGAAUGGGCCAGGGCUCUAUCCAGAUUGCAGCUAAACCAGGCCUGGUCUAAGCCAGACCUGCAGCCAGCAGAGAGCUGGGCAGAGAGGACACUCAGGUGAUGCCUUGCCGUGGCUUCCUGGUCCUAGCCCUGGUGGGGCUGCUGACCCCCCCAUCAGUCCUUUCCCAGGAAUGUCCCAAGUACAAAGCCAACACCUGCCAAGAGUGCGUCAAGUUGGGGCCAGGCUGUGCCUGGUGUAAGAAGCUGAAUUUUGCUGAAAGAGGAGAACCCGACUCUAUUCGCUGUGAUACCAGACAGCAGCUCCUACAGCGUGGCUGCCAGGAGAGUGACAUUGUGAAUCCCCACAGCGUGGUCAACCCGAGACCUGACCCGCCUGGCACCAAGAGAUCCCAGCUGACGCCUCAGAACAUCCAGCUCCGGCUGCGGCCAGGUCAGACGGCAGCGUUCAACCUCACCUUCAACCGGGCCAAGGGCUACCCCAUCGACUUGUACUACCUCAUGGACCUGUCCUAUUCUAUGUAUGAUGACCUGAUCAACGUAAAGAAGCUGGGGGGUGACCUGCUGAAGGCGCUGAAUGAGAUCACCGAGUCUGGCCGCAUAGGGUUUGGCUCCUUUGUGGACAAGACGGUACUGCCCUUCGUCAAUACCCAUCCCGAGAAGCUAAAACACCCCUGCCCAACCAAGGACACCCAGUGCCAGCCGCCCUUUGCCUUCAAGCAUGUGCUGAAGCUCACCAAUAACUCCAACCAGUUUCAGAGUGAGGUGGGGAAGCAGCUUAUUUCUGGAAACCUGGACGCCCCUGAGGGUGGCCUGGACGCCAUGAUGCAGGUGGCUGUUUGCCAGGAUGAAAUUGGCUGGCGUAACGUGACUCGUCUGCUGGUGUACACCACUGACGAUGGCUUCCAUUUUGCGGGAGAUGGGAAACUUGGUGCCAUCCUCACCCCGAACGAUGGUCGCUGUCACCUGAAGAACAACCUGUAUGAAGACAGCAACAAGUUUGACUACCCCUCCGUGGGGCAGCUGGCACAGAAACUAGCUGAGAACAACAUCCAGCCCAUCUUUGCUGUGACCAAAAAAAUGGUCUCAACGUAUGAAAAACUCACAGAGAUCAUUCCCAAGUCAGCGGUUGGGGAGCUGUCCGAUGACUCCAGUAACGUGGUGCAGCUUAUUAAGAACGCUUACAACAAAUUGUCCUCGAGAGUCUUUGUGGAUCACAGCAUCGUCCCAGACGCUCUGAAGGUCACCUAUGACUCCUUCUGCAGCAACGGCCAGUCCAUGGUGGACCAGCCCAAGGGAGACUGUGAUGGGGUCCAGAUCAAUGUGCCGAUCACCUUCCAGGUGAAAGUGACGGCCAGCGAGUGCAUCAAGGAGCAUUCCUUCACGAUCCGGCCCCUGGGCUUCACAGACACGGUCACAGUGCAGGUGCUGCCACUCUGCAAGUGUGACUGUGAGGAGCAGAGGCUCAACAGGCAGCAUUGUCACAACAAGGGCUUUGUGGAGUGUGGCAUCUGCAGAUGUGACCCGGGCCACAUUGGCAAGACUUGUGAGUGCCAGACCCAGGGCAGGAGCAGCCAGGAGCUGGAGGGAAGCUGCCGGAAGGACAACAGCUCAGUCCUGUGCUCUGGGCUGGGGGACUGCAUCUGUGGCUUGUGCAUCUGCCACGCCAGUGACGAUAAACAAGUCUAUGGGAAAUACUGCGAGUGUGACAACAUCAGCUGUGAGCACUUCAACAAUUCAGUCUGUGGAGGCAAAGGCACUUGUGACUGUGGGAAAUGCAAGUGUAAGGCCGGCUUCGAAGGGAGCGCGUGCCAGUGUGUGAAAUCCACCGAGGGCUGCCUGAACGAGAACAAGGUGGAGUGCAGCGGCCGCGGCAAGUGUGAAUGCAACCAGUGCAAGUGCGACUCGGGCUACCAGGCCCCUUACUGCAAGAUAUGCCAUGGCUGCCCAAAGCCCUGCAGCCGCUAUGUCUCGUGUGCGGAGUGCAUGAAGUUCCAGACGGGCCCUUUUGCAAAGAACUGCAGCGUGGCCUGUUCUGGCCUGACACAGGUCCUGAGUCCCACGGGCGACCUGUGCAGGGAACAGGCCUCAGAUGGCUGCUGGCUGCUGUACAACAUGUACCAACUAGAUGGACGUGAAAAGUACCAGAUCUACGUGAAGGAAGAGCGAGAAUGCAUAGCAGGACCAAACAUUCCCGCCAUCAUCGGGGGCACCGUGGCUGGAGUGGUGCUCAUCGGGGUGCUGCUGCUCGCCAUCUGGAAGGUCUUGACGCACUUCAGUGACCUUCGUGAAUACAAGCGGUUUGAGAAGGAGAAGCUGAAGUCCCAGUGGAACAAUGAUAAUCCGCUUUUCAAGAGCGCAACAACAACUGUUAUGAAUCCCAAGUUUGCCGAGAACUAGGUGCCCGCUCCUCCUGAAAAGCUGCAAAGAGCCCCACUCCGGUCACCUUCUGAAACAGCCACAUCUGCCAGGGAGAGCCAUCGCUGGCCCUGCGGGACAAGGAUCCUGGACUUUGGGCUAGACCCUGGAAGGUGCCUCUCACAGCAGCCACUGAGGCCACACGAGCUACGGCUCUUGUCAUUCGGACCCUCGUGAGAUUUUGACCUGCUUGAGGACCUGCCCAGUGUCUCUAGCAGGUCUUGCCCUCGCUAGGAUUUCUUUCCACCUUCCCUGAGGACUUGAGUGCUGAGUCGGACAGUUCUGAUGGUGGAAAAAUCCCAAGUGACCUGUUUGGUCAGGCCUCCCUGCCCAUGACUCCUGAGUGCCUGCCUUGCCAACCGGAUGAGUAUUUUCUGUCUCUUCACAUCUUUGCAGUUCAGCCCACGUGUCUGAUAGAUGUCUACAUUCUUCCUUCUUCCAGCACUUAUGGGUACCUCUGUCCACCCCAGGGGCUUCCACUUAGAUAUUCUACUCGGUGCCUACUCCUGACAUUAAGCGGGUGUGGGGUUUGGAAAUAUGUGACAGAAUGAUCUAGAAGUUCUAGGUUGUUCAUGCUGAAAAGUGGAUAGACAGAUGUGUGGAAGGACAGAUGGAUGAAUGGAUGAGUGGGUAGAUGGCUGGAUAGAUGGGCCUGUACCAUGAAACCUGUAGGAACUGAGAAGGGUCGUGGGGUACACACUCAGCUACAGUCUCAUUUCUGCAUUGUCAAACUCCCGUGACUUUCCUCCAUUGUGCGUGUGUCAUAUUUCAGUAGAUUUUAUAGGCAAGGUUUGGCUAGAAAUGACCCACAUCUCCGUAGGCUCCAAGUCUGGAAUCUGGCUCAGUGGUUUGGUAGCAAAUGCCCACUGGCAGGGUCCUCCCCUCUCCCCAGAUAACCAAGCAGAUACAAGAGAGAGAGUUCACUGCACUCCUGUUUUUUAAAACUUUUAUUAAAAUGCCAACAGAUUGAUUGGCCUCUAAUUUCUUUUUUUGAACAAAAUCAUAUCCUUGUGAGAGCAAAGUUUAAAGAAAUACAAACUCCAUCCCACUAAACGCUAUUAUUAAAGCCCACCUAAUCUGGUCUCAGAUGGACCCUUUUCCAGAACAGACUUUUCUCUUUCUCUUCCUUGUACAAGCCCCAGGCCUUGUCCCACCCACAGGUUCCUGCUCCUAUCAGCUGGUGUAGAGGAGAAUGGGUCUCUUCUCCUAAGGCCUUCCUGUGGUCAGGAUGUUCAGCUAAUCCGUAGAACUGACAAAGUACACGAUUUGUUAGUAAACAGAGACACUCCCCCUCCCCUGUCCCAGUCCAACAAAGGAGCCCCGAUGCCUUGCCUUCCCUGAAUUCAGGGCUAGAACAGACUGAAACCAAUGGAGUUCCUCUUUGGUUCCCUCCUCUGGAGUGGAAUGAAGCAGCCAGCACUUGCUCAGCAGACCCUCCGCCCAAGCGCUCAGCCUUCUGGAGCAUGAAUACACAAGGGCUCCUCUCCUUUGAAAAGGGGCAGGCAUCAGAGCCAGUGCUGUGACUGACCCGACCCUGUGCUGGGGGCGUCUGCAUCUAGUACACACAUCUUAGGUGCCUUUCACUGCACAUGGAAACACUGAUUAUCUUGCUUCCCAAA